AUGAAGUUGCUUAUCGAUACUGCAAGUGGCGCAUCGUUCCCCAUUGAUGUUGAGAUCUAUGAUUCACUGAAAAGGAUUAAAGAGAAGAUCGAGGAGUUCCAAGGUAUCCCUGUUUGCAAGCAGACCCUUUUCCUCAAUGGACAAGUUCUUCCAGAAGAUUUUAUUCUGCGGUUCCACAUAAUGCCAAAAAGUUUCUUUCUCUCCACCUCUCCGGACGAAAACCCUAAUCAGGACAACAACAACAGCGAUCAAGUGCCUCAAACCGAGCAAGCACCAUCAGAUCCAAAUCAUGGGUUCUUUAACAAUCAAGAUUUGCCAGUGAUGAGCAACAAAUAUCAAGUGUCAACACCCUAUGGACAUCCGAUGACGUUAAACUCAAUGGAAGCGUUCCUUGGGUUUCAAGAAAUCAAUCAAGCGCUUUAUCAUACAGAGCAAACAAGUGCGUCAUUAGAAUCAUUUGGAGAAACCAGUAGCGGUGGGGAUCGAGCUUUGAUGACGGAUUUGUUCAGUAAGAAUGACCAACAUGAUCUGCCUGAACCAUUCCCAAGGAUCAUGGCGAGGGGAAUCGACAAUGGAGCAUCAGAGCAGUCGUAUACACUUGAUGAUAUAUUUGUCCCUGAAGAUUUGCCGUAUAUGCCGGUUGGAAGCAAAAGAAACAGGGAUCAACCCGAGAAAGCUUCAUCGUCAAACUCAGUGAACGAGGUCAUUAACAUUCCAGAUUCGCCUGAGGAGAAGAAGAUGAAGACCAGCCCAGAGAAGCUAGUAGUGAUAGUAUCGCAGCAAUUUGAAGACAACUGGUUGCCAGUGGUGGUUAACGCAGAUGAUAACGUUGAAGAACUGAGGAAAGAGCUGGAUGAUAUGAAAGCCAAGGGUCAGUUCAAUCUUCCUUCCGAAGGAUAUUUCUUUGUUCACAAUGAGAAACCAUUGAGGGAGAAUACGUCAUUCUUGGGGAACGGUAUUGCUGACGGCGAUACAAUUGCGAUUUAUCCAGACCUCUUCGUUGAUCAUCAAGCUUAA